AUGCAAUCAUUACGAGAUGAAGAUUGUUACAACUUGGAUGACGAUGAUGGUGAGAAUCAAAGUGAAGAGGGUGAUUUUGAAAGAAGACAGUUAAAGCAUGAAAUGAAGGAAAGCCGUCAAAUGACUUGGAUGGAAGAAGAGGAUCGUAGGCACUCUGUAUCAAAUGCAAGCGGUCGAUCAUCACAACCAUCAAGCUCAGGAAUCAAGCACAGAUCACCACGUAGCUAUAGCGUAAAAGAAGGUGCAAGCAUGCCUGUAAGUGGCCUUGAUCCGUACAUGUUCCCGUCGAAACAAAAGUCAAUAAAAGGCAUGUUCUCAAGUGCGAACCUGAAAAAAGUGGGAAAAGCUAUUUCGAAGUUUUUCCUCUUCAAUGUCAUACCAUUCAAUGCAGCUGAUAGUGGGCCUUACUAUCAAUCAAUGAUUGACACUAUUGCGGAUGCAGGCCCAGGAAUAAAGGGUCUCACAGGAUAUCAAAUUGGUAGUUCUUAUUUGGAGGAGGAGGUUCAAGAGCUUGAUGUGUAUAUAUCUUCGAUGAAGCUUAUUUCUUAA